AUGGGUUUGGAGGACGGAUUGACACCGUCGGAAGCACGCAGGCGCUGUUCCCGGGCCCGUUUCGGAGAUGUGGACGCCCAGGCCUACAGAGGCCCGGUAGCCAAGGCGGGCAGGUCCCGGGUCAGGGCCUCUGCGCCACAUGCCACGCUCCCAGGCGCCAGCAGGGUCGCCCUGCCUUCUGGCCCAGGGCUGCCACCUGCUCACAAGGGUGUGUUGUGGCCAAGGCCUGGUGAUCUGCGGACCGUCCUUGGAGUUCCUCUGCCCCCCUUUUCCUCUCGGACAGGCUCGCGGCUGUCCCCAAGCUCACAGAGGAAGAGGGCGCGGCGGCGCACGGUGUUCAGCGCACAGCAGCUGCGGGUCCUGGAGGAAUUCUUUGAGGGGAAACCCUACGGGACCUAUGAGGAACGCGAGACCCUGGCAGCCAGGCUGAUCCUGCAGGAGGACCAAGUGCAGGUGUGGCUCAAGAACAACAGGGCCAAAGACCGCAGGCUGCAGCGACUGCGCGGGCAGCAAGGCCAGAGAGCCCACGCUGCGCCCCAGGAAAGUCUGCGCCCCUCAGCCUGCGCCCCUCAGCCUGCUCACGCACCCACGCCUGCGCCAGCGUCUGCAUCCACCUUAGGGAGGUGGCCUGGCUCUGCCCACUUCAUGGCCACUGCGCAUGCGUGUGGCGUCGGGCUGGGCUGGGCUGUUCUGUUGGUGGUCUGGGCUGAGACCAUCAGGCCAACCUGACCUUGCUGCCAGUUCGCAGGGCAGGGAGCGUCAUAGGUGCUGCUGGUGUGGGAUCCACUGGAGAGCUGCUGCCCAGAACCUUCCCAAGGACCCAGCCCAGCCUCUGCGCUCCUCCUGGCGGCGUGCUCUGGAACCGGUAGGACUGGGCAAGCUUUUCCAGUGUGCACAUCUGUGACUCGCGGCUUCCUGGUGCUUUUCCCAUCGCCUGCCCUGGACUCAGAGA